GGGAAGGAAAAAAAAUAAUAACAAUGAUGCGACGCCAUAAACAGAAUCGAACAAACAACUGAUAUGCAAAUAAUGAGUUGUGCAUUUAAAGAUUGUAUUGGAACUCGGUUUGCUGUUAGCUGCCGCCACCACCACGCGGGGUUUUAUAAUGCGUGGUUAUUUAAAAGAAGAAACAGUAUACAACCUUAGUUGGGUAUUAUUAAAAGAAACUAUUGUCGACGUCUUAUUAACAAUGCCUUGUUAUUAAACUCCCAGCCAACGCCGACGAAUACGACCGAGUUCGAACGGUCCGACCGCACCGCCUGCGCGGAUUCUCCUGCACUAGAGAAGCCAGGCUGUACACAACCGUCUCAAACUUCUGUGACUACGCGGCGCGCGCCAGCCCGCGUUUGUGUGUUCCGCCGAAUACAAACUUAUAUUAUAUAGCCUGCAGUGUGUGCCUGCGUUUGUCCAGCGCCACGGCGCUGAUAGCGUUCGUUCGUUUCACUCGAUCCGCCGCCGAGUCCCGCAAGUCUACCUUACGCCUCUCCCUUCCUUAAAAUGGGCAAAGACGUUGAUCCGGGUUCGCCGCCGGUCCGCCACCCCGUCGCGUGUCAAUUCAGUAAUAAUAAUUCGUUGAUGCUUGCAAACGACGCUGCAAGCGUGUAUCGCGUCUCGUACGCAGCACAGUGACCUACACAACCGCGUCGACCGGCGUUUGUCAUAUGUUUACUCGAAAUUGUUAUUAUUUUCUUCGCUGCACAUUCAUCACCGUCGCCUGCACGACGCUGCGACGCCACCUCGCUACUUUGACUUCGGAUUACAACGUAGUGCUUCGAACAAUCCUCGAACACUUGUGCUUCCUGUGAUACUCCCAUUUGAACUUUUCUUUCGAUACACUUGGCCCCCGUCCCACGUGCCCAACUUCAGUAUUUGAAUCUCCCGCCCUGCUUCUGGACUCUGGCGAGCCCCGCCGUCUGGAGCUGCUGCUAUUGGGGCAUUUAGGCGAGAAUCCUUUCGACAACGGGUCCUGGAUCAAGGAACACUUUCAGCCAACAGCAGUGCCUUGGCAAUCGAGCCUGAGAGGUCAAUCACGAUACGGUGACGAUGGCAUAAUGGAUCAUGAUCAAGACGGGGACGGUGCGAUUAACCUGUCAACAUCCCAAAGACCUUCUGCUUCAACGACCCCAAACGGAGACACAUCCGCAUCCUACGGCCACGAUCAUCAGACCAACGAUCAGGUGAGGCUCUCUCGACUCUUCUCAAACCGUUGGUUUCACUCGUUUCAACCCACUGCGGCGUCGCUGUUCAGUGCUUUGAAGCAACAAGAGACGCGUGAAGCAUCAGUCGCGAGUAGAGACCGUGACGGUAGAGAACGUGAUCGGAUUCGUGAAGAGAUUGACAGCGAGCAGCACCGCGAGGGCAACAUCGAAUACCAAGGCAAUGGGAAGCUCAGUCCUCCCGGGCACCAUCCACUGACUGUCGCACCGAUGACCCAGCAAAAGCAACCCAUCGUUUCGCAGCAGUCCCAACAGCCCAGCUCGGGCGCUCCUGGUUCCCAGCCGAGCCCCCGACAGAGUCCUCAGGCUCCCCUACAGGGCAGUCCUCCAACCCCUGCUGGUCAGGGACAAUCACCUGGAGGGCCGCCGCAACAGUUACCACAAACAACGUCGCAGAUGAUGCUUAGCCCCGCAAGUGGGCUUCAUCAGAUGCAACAACUCCUACAGCAACACAUUCUCAGCCCCAGCCAGCUACAGUCGUUUAUGCAACAGCACACUCUCUAUCUCCAGCAGCAACAGCAGCAGCAACAUCAUCAGGUUCGUCAUGACUCGACAUCCGAGCACGUUGCUAAUCAGGAGAGAUUCGGCUACUUCUCGUCGUUAAAAAACCACCAACAGCAGCUCGCCGAAUUGGGUAGGAAGCAGUUGGAACAAGCUAUGCAGCAGCUUCAAGAGCAGCUGCAACUCAAUUUAAUACAACAAACACACCUACUGCAGACGGCGGACAAGAAGAAGGCGUCGGCACCUCUUCAGCAGCUCGCGCUACAGCAGCAACAGCUAAUCCAGCAGCUCCAGAUUACCCAGCGACAGUACCUACUGCAGCAGGGUCUCGGUCUUCAGAGCCAUAAUCACUCGUCGGGUCUACAGCCCGGUGACGGUAUGCCAGUUUGGAAAAAUGAGCCGUCCGACGGAACGGAAGUUCACCAGAAUUCGAAUCCGCACAAAUCCGGGGGAGGUCUUAACGGGUUGUUAAAUUCAAUCGUCUCCGGUCGCCGGUCGGAAAUGAACGGCACGUCUUCUCUCGACGAAAAGCCGUUAGACGCGUCAAGCAACGAGAAAGCUCAUCCGCUCUACGGUCAUGGGGUAUGCAAAUGGCCAGGCUGUGAAGUGAUCUGUGAAGAUUAUCAGGCAUUCCUUAAACACCUAAACACCGAGCACACAUUGGACGACAGAUCGACGGCUCAAGCGAGGGUUCAAAUGCAGGUUGUUUCCCAGCUUGAAAUCCAGCUCCAGAAAGAGCGGGACAGACUUACGGCGAUGAUGCACCAUCUCCACGUGGCUAAGCAGAUGGCGUCGCCGGAACCCCCGAAGUCCUCGGAAUCAUCGACCGGCUCGAGUUUACCGAAACUUAAUUUGUCCUCGGCGUUGAUGAGCCAGCCUCCCCCUAAUUUCGGAGUAUCCCAGGUCUCGCCGGUAUCGAUGUCGGCACUCGUUUCCGCCGUCAGAUCGCCGGCCAGUAGUCAACAUCCCUCUUCCGGUGGGCCAGCCUCGAUGCCGCCCCUGCCGAACAUGUCGACAAUGCCAGGUAUGCCACCGAUGCCCAACAUGCCAGGGAGCAUGCCUAGCAUGCCCAGUAUGCCGUCGAUGGCCGGACCAAUCCGCAGGAGGAUCAGCGACAAGUCUGCGCUAUCCUUGGCCGGUGGGCUGCCCUACAUGCUGGAGCGCGCUGGCCUAGACGUUCAACAAGAAAUUCAGCGCAACCGGGAGUUUUACAAGAACGCGGACGUCAGGCCACCUUUCACUUACGCUUCUCUCAUUCGUCAGUCGAUAAUCGAAUCUCCGGACAAGCAGUUGACGCUCAACGAGAUCUACAACUGGUUCCAAAAUACGUUCUGCUACUUCAGGCGCAACGCGGCAACGUGGAAGAACGCAGUGCGACACAACCUGUCUCUCCACAAAUGUUUCAUGCGAGUCGAAAACGUGAAAGGGGCUGUUUGGACGGUGGACGAAGUGGAGUUUUACAAGAGACGUCCGCAGCGCGCUUGCAGCACGACUGGGGGUGUCCCGUCGAAAAGUCCAACUCUAACUCACAGUCCGACUAUGUACGGCGAUGCACUCAACGCCAAUCUCCAGUAUUUCCAGGCUGCGCUUGGUGAGUCGAACAUGGGUUUCUUGAACAACUCCAUGUGCACAUCGACGGCAACCAGUCCUGACAAGGACCAUCUUCUGGCCCACAACGAUUUGAUGUCGCCGUUGGAUGAACCAUCGGGCGUGCAUAUAAAGCAAGAGGGGCAGAGCCCCGAGGGCGGGAAGUUAUCGAGACUGAUAAAACGGGAGCUCUUAGAGGCCCCGACCGAGCAGGAAGAGGACGGCGUAGAUGACCGAGAAUAUCCCGAGAGCCAUGGCCACGAUUCGGGUCAGGACGAGGACAUGGCCGAGGACCUCUCGAUGGCGCCCGACAUGUUGCCGAGCACGGAAGAUCAGAUCGAAGCGUAGUAUCCUCUUCGUUAUUGAUUCCCCACCCCUUGUACUCUCCCCCACCCCCACCCCACCCCACCCCACCCCACGAUAUAAUAUUCAUCCCCUACUCGCCAUAUCCAACCGCCCUAAAAAAGCGGUCUAAAGACUAAUAAAUAUUAUUAUUAAUAUUAUUAUUAUUAUAAUUAUCAUAGUUAUUAUUAUCAUCAUUGUAAUGUCAUUGUUUUUAUU